UGACUUGGUCUUGACGUCCCUCCUGCCUGAAUGCUUGCUGUAACGUUAGUUUAUCGGUCAACUGGCUUAUCACAAUCUCCGUUUCCCACAUCUACCGCUGUGGAGGACGCGCUGCUCGCUCUACAGCAUUUUUUAACUGAGCAUUCAGGAUCCUCCUGACCCUUGAGAUCAGAGGUCAAAAAGCCAUGGGAACCAGGAGGGUGUUGGUGACUGGGUGCUCCUCUGGCAUUGGCUUAGCUGUGGCUGCACGGCUGGCUAAAGAUGAGUUUAAACGGUUCAAAGUGGUUGCCACAAUGAGGGAUCUUGGGAAACGGGGGCCCUUGGAACAAGCGGCCGGUGAUUCCUUAAAUAAAACCUUGGAAAUCAAACAGUUAGAUGCCUGUUGUGAAGAGUCCAUCAGAGAGUGUGUCAACAGCCUGCCAGAUAGAAGGGUGGAUAUUCUUGUGAAUAAUGCAGGCACUGGCAUGAUUGGACCGCUGGAGUGCCAAAGUAUCGCCGCCAUGAAGGAGCUCUUUGACACAAACUUCUUCGGGCUGGCACGGCUGGUGAAAGAGGUGCUGCCUGACAUGAAGCGACGGAAGAGCGGGCAUAUUGUGGUGAUGAGUAGCGUCAUGGGAAUACAGGGGCUUCUGUUCAAUGAUGUCUACUCUGCCUCCAAAUUUGCUGUGGAAGGAUUUUGUGAAAGUCUGGCAGUGCAAGCAUUGAAGUUUAACAUCAAGACGACUCUAGUGGAACCUGGCCCAGUGGUGACAGAGUUUGAAAGGAAAUUGUAUGAAGAUGCAGAGAAGAUGGAUCUAUCAGGAACAGACGAGGAGACCGCCAAAAUCUUCCGUGAAGUUUACCUGCCAUACUCAAGAAAGGUCUUUGCCUCGUUAGGCCAGAGACCAGAAGAAGUGGCCGAGCAAACAGUUGAAGUGAUCACAGCCAAGCAGCCUCCUCUGCGCCACCAGACCAACCGCCUGUACAUGCCCAUGACUGCACUGAAACAUGCAGAUCCAACAGGUCGCCUGCCUCUGGACACUUUUUAUAAGAUGAUCUUUAAACAUGACAGCGUGUUCAAUGCUACUCUAGGGGUGCUGCGCAUGCUGCAGAAGAGGGUAGGGAAGAAAUAAAGAUUUGACUGUCGA